UAAUAACUGAUAGACCGAUAGAUAUAACUUCUAAAUGCUUCCAUUGGAACUCUGCAACUGUGUCAUAACUGAAAGAGAAUAACACCACCACCACCACCAACAACAACAACAACAGAAGCCUCAGUUCAUUGAAAAAAAAUGCUGUCUGCAACAGCUUCUAUUUGUCUGAAUUUGAAACCACAACCAGUAAUAUAUGCAAAUGCCAAUUAUCCAAUGCAUUCCCUAAGAUUCUCUCGCCGGUUGGUUCUCUCCGGCGGCCGGAGUCUCACUAGGCCACUUCCCUCAGUUUCUCUUACAUUGAGGUGUUGUUCUUCACUCUCAAGUUCAUCAUCAUUCUCUGUUGAUGAAGCAAGGGAAUUUGUUGAAGCUUCAAGAAAUGGGAACUUGAUUCCUCUCCAGCAAUGCAUAUUCUCCGAUCAACUUACUCCGGUUCUUGCCUACCGGCUUUUGGUUAAGGAAGAUGAUGGCGAGGCUCCCAGCUUUCUUUUCGAGUCUGCAGAGCCAACUCUUGAUUCCUCGAAUAUGGGGCGCUAUAGCGUUAUAGGAGCUCAACCAAGUAUGGAAAUUGUGGCGAAAGAAAAUAGUGUUACAAUAAUGGACCAUGAAUUGGGGAAGUUAACAAGAGAGACUGUUGAUGAUCCUAUGACGAUUCCUAGAAGACUCUCGCAGGGUUGGAAGCCAUGUCUUAGUAAUGAACUUCCAGAUGCCUUCUGUGGUGGCUGGGCAGGUUAUUUCUCCUAUGACACAGUUCGUUAUGUGGAAAAGAAAAAACUACCAUUUUCGAAUGCUCCGGAGGACGACAGAAACCUCCCGGACAUACAUCUCGGCCUCUAUGAUUCUGUGGUUGUGUUUGAUCAUGUAGAGAAGAAAACAUAUGUUAUUGUUUGGGUGAGAAUUGAUCAAUUCCCUUCGGUGGAGAGUGCUUACAACAAGGGAAAGGAACGGCUUGCGAAAUUAGUCGCCAGAUUACAGGAUAGUAAACCUCCGAGGCUGGCUUCAGGCUCAGUGAAUUUGCAUACUCACCAUUUCGGUCCUCCUUUAAAAAUCUCAACCAUGGCACCUGAAGCAUACAAGGAGGCAGUCCUUCAGGCAAAAGAACAUAUUAAGGCAGGGGAUAUUUUUCAGAUUGUGUUAAGCCAGAGAUUCGAGCGAAGAACAUUUGCUGAUCCGUUCGAAGUUUAUAGAGCCUUGAGAGUUGUGAAUCCAAGUCCAUAUAUGACUUAUUUGCAGGCUCGGGGAUGUAUUUUGGUCGCUUCAAGUCCGGAGAUUCUUACGCGUAUAAAGAAGAACAAAAUUGUGAAUCGUCCAUUGGCCGGGACGUGUAGAAGAGGGAAGACACUAGAGGAAGAUAAGCAGUUAGAAGUGAAGCUCCUGAGUGAUGAAAAGCAAUGUGCAGAGCAUGUCAUGCUGGUUGAUUUGGGACGCAAUGAUGUUGGAAAGGUAUCAAAACCUGGUUCUGUGAAGGUGGAAAAGGUUAUGAACAUCGAGCGAUAUUCGCAUGUCAUGCACAUAAGCUCGACGGUUUCAGGAGAGUUGCAAGAACAUCUUACUUGCUGGGACGCCCUCCGUGCUGCUUUGCCGGUUGGAACUGUCAGUGGGGCACCAAAGGUGAAGGCAAUGGAGCUAAUUGAUAAGUUGGAGGUGGCGAGGCGAGGCCCUUACAGUGGAGGAUUCGGAUACAUAUCUUUCACCGACGAAAUGGACAUCGCUCUAGUUUUGAGGACAAUUGUAUUUCCAACCACAGCUAGGGAUGACACAAUGUACUUGUACAAAAACUUGAACCAACGCCACGAGUGGGUCGCUCACCUUCAAGCUGGUGCUGGUAUAGUUGCGGACAGUGACCCUGAUGAUGAGCACCAAGAGUGCCAAAACAAAGCUGCUGGUCUUGCUCGCGCCAUCGACUUGGCCGAGUCAGCAUUUUUAGACAAAUGAGAUCUCUGGUGCCUGCUAUGACUAGAUGUUCUUAGAAAUCAAAAUUUAAUAAACAUCCAAUAGAAAUAGGAUUACAGCGUUACAGGGAAGCUCCAUACAUAAUUUUGAAGUUCCUGAACAGUACUAUGCAUGUUGGAUGAGAGCUCUCUCGUUUGUCUUUCUAUACAAUGCAUAGGUGUUUCUUUAAAUUAAUACCGAUAAAAUUGCAUUAC